UAAAAAAAAGACAUACACUCCGGUACGUUGCCAUUUCGAAAAUAAAUCGUACUGGGCUACUAAAACGAGGUCACAUCGCUGUGUGAAGUUGUCUUCGUUACAUCGCGCACUGUAGUGAAGUCCGCUGCGAGCGGUUGCGCGCGCACUUCACACGUCGUCCGCCCAGAACGUUCAACACCUCGUCUGCCACAAUACUAAAAAAAAAAAAAAUUAAAAAAAGAGAUAAUAACGAGGCGUUAACCAUUAAUUCAUAAUGCACUAGAUAUGGCUGUUUCAAUGAACAAUGUGUUUGUGUGUACGUGUAAUGUGAAUAUAUUAGUGUAGUGAUUGAGAUAUAUUUCGAUUGUGUACUUGUUGUCAUCACCUCUCACAGUUAUACGUACGUCAAUGGGAGCUUUAUCAGUGUCAUCGCGUUUGCAUAAAGAGUGCAAUAAAGCAGCCAUUCACGAGGCGACGGAACCAGGUCACGAGGGCGGGACCAAACUACACAACAUAACUGAAUAGUUCAAUAAUAAAUUAGACCUUAACUUAACAAAAUUAAUUUACACCUAAAUAAGUUUAUAAAGUCCAAUUCUAGACUUUGUGAUCAGCAAUAAACCUAGUCCUAUUCCUAAAGGAAAAUAGCUAUUCUAACCUUAGGUUUCAAGGCCAUUGUGGAUCUACGUUUCAAUCGCAAGAUUUUUUGUGGGAUUUUUUCAAGUCAAGGUUUUUAGGCGAUUAUUCCUAGAUCCGCUUUAAUCCCAUCCAUAAGGUCUGCAAUAAUUUAAUUUAAACUAGUGAUUAUUUAACCUUAAAUCCCGACUGCCGAUUUGGUGCUAAUGGACAGAAACGGAUGGAAUUGCUGACAAACGCUGUGGCUUCGUUACACAGGGAAAGCUGAUCGAAGUGCAAGAUGAGCGUGGCGGAGGCCAGUACAGAAGAGCCCCCUGCGCCCCCCGCACCCCCUGCGCCGGUCGCUGCGGGGGGUCCAGUCACACCAGCCGCGCCCGAUGGCACGGGGACUCUCAUACCGGUGCCCGUCGCGCCAAGGAAGCCACCGAGAAGAGGUCCAAAGGUCCAACAGGAGAGGCCCAAGAGAGCCCUAUUCUGUUUGACACUAAAGAAUCCCUUGAGGAAAUUGUGUAUUGAUAUAGUGGAAUGGAAACCAUUCGAGUGGAUGAUCCUGACUACAAUAUUCGCGAACUGCAUAGCUCUUGCGGUAUACACGCCUUAUCCCAGCGGUGAUUCUAAUUAUACUAAUUCUGUUCUGGAGAAGAUUGAGUACAUAUUCCUGGUGAUAUUCACGGGCGAGUGCGUGAUGAAGAUAAUAGCGUACGGCUUCGUGAUGCACCCCGGCUCCUACCUCAGGAACGGGUGGAAUUUACUCGAUUUCACUAUAGUCGUAAUAGGCAUGGUGAGCACGGUGUUAUCCAGCAUAUUCAAGGACGCGUUCGACGUGAAGGCGCUGCGGGCGUUCAGGGUGCUACGUCCCUUAAGGCUCGUCUCCGGAGUACCUAGUCUUCAGAUAGUGUUGAACUCAAUCCUGAAGGCGAUGGUGCCGCUGCUGCACAUCGCGCUGCUCGUCAUCUUUGUCAUCAUCAUCUACGCCAUCAUCGGCCUCGAGCUUUUCUCCGGCAAGAUGCACAAGUCCUGCUACAAUAAGCUUACAGAUGAGAUAAUGGAGUCCCCUCACCCUUGUGACAAUGACAAUGGUUUCAACUGCUCAAGCAUAGGCGAGGAUAUGGAGUGUCGUGAGGGCUGGAUCGGCCCAAACUUCGGUAUCACCAACUUUGACAACUUCGGCUUGUCUAUGCUCACCGUCUUCCAAUGCAUCACGCUAGAGGGUUGGACCGACGUUAUGUAUAAUAUACAAGAUGCGAUGGGCAACAGUUGGGAAUGGAUUUAUUUUAUAUCAAUGGUGAUACUUGGAGCUUUUUUUGUUAUGAACCUAAUUCUUGGUGUGUUGUCAGGAGAGUUCUCAAAAGAAAGAGAGAAAGCGAAGAACCGAGGUGAUUUCCAGAAGUUGCGUGAGAAACAGCAGCUGGAAGAAGAUUUGAAAGGCUACCUGGACUGGAUCACGCAGGCGGAGUAUCUGGAGCCCCUGGCUGACCAACACGACACCGCUGACCAGAAGAGGGACUAUGGAAUGGGUCAGACGACGAGUGAAAACGACUCGACAGAUAACUUGGGCAUCGAGGUGUUGACGGAACAGAAGAAGAAAAUGUCGAUCGGGGAAUGUUGGAAGAAGGAUUUUGAUAAAGUGAACAGACGUAUGAAGCGCGCCUGCCGACGUGCGGUGAAGUCGCAAACAUUUUACUGGCUAAUUAUCGUGCUGGUCUUUCUUAACACGGUGGUGCUGGCCAGCGAGCACUAUCACCAGCCCGCGUGGUUAGAUCUGUUUCAAGAGUACGGCAACGCUUUUUUUGUGGCUCUCUUCACACUCGAAAUGUUGGUCAAGAUGUACAGCUUAGGAUUACAAGGUUACUUCGUGUCGUUAUUCAACCGCUUUGAUUGCUUCGUGGUGGUGGGAUCGAUUAGCGAGAUGGUGCUCACCAAGACGGAGGUAAUGCCACCUCUCGGUAUCUCCGUGCUCAGAUGUGUCAGACUACUGAGGGUAUUUAAGGUUACCAAGUACUGGCGUUCGCUGUCCAAUCUGGUGGCAUCCCUACUGAACUCCAUCCAGUCUAUCGCAUCUCUCCUGCUGCUACUGUUUCUCUUCAUCAUGAUCUUCGCGCUGCUCGGCAUGCAGGUCUUUGGCGGGAAGUUUAACUACGACCCUGUCGAGGAAAAAGAUCGGCAUAACUUCGAUUGUUUCUGGCAAGCAUUACUCACUGUGUUUCAAAUAUUGACAGGCGAGGACUGGAACGCGGUGAUGUACGAAGGUAUAAAGGCAUACGGUGGCGUGGGUUCUGUGGGCAUCCUUGCCUGUAUCUACUUCAUUAUUCUCUUCAUCUGCGGUAACUAUAUCCUACUGAAUGUGUUCUUGGCUAUCGCAGUAGACAACUUGGCCGACGCUGAAUCACUCACUAAUAUUGAAAAAGAAGAGGGCCAAGCAGCAGAAGAGAAAGAAGGAGGCAGUAUAAUUGCAGAAGGUGGUCAUGCUGAUACAGAUGAUGAGUACAUACAUGACGAAGAUGCUUACACUACUGACAAUUCAGAAAGAGAGUAUGAAGAAACAGGAUCAGAGGGGGAGCAGCAAGAGGAAAUAGAGGGAGAAGAAGAUAUUGGCCCUGAAGAAGAGAUCGGAGAAGAGAGAUUAGAAGACGAACAAGAAAGAGACGAUCUGGACAUGAUGGAGAGUCAUCAAAGAAAUCAUAUAGUGAACACAGAGUUCGAUGACGAGCCCCGACUGAAACGUAAACCGACAACAUCUUCGGCGCGACCGCGUCGCCUCUCCGAAGUCGAUAUUCGCGACUCUAAGAAACCUAUACCCGACGCAUCGUCGUUCUUCAUAUUUUCCAAAACCAACAGGUUCCGUGUACUCUGCUACAAGUUGUCGGCAUCCUCGACCUUCGGGAACAUCAUUCUUGUCUGCAUCCUCUUCUCCUCCGCCAUGUUGGCUGCGGAGGAUCCAUUGGAUGCAGCCCAAAGGGGGUUUAGGAAUUGGCUGUUGAGCCAGUUCGAUAUGUUCUUUACGGGCAUCUUCACGCUGGAGCUGUUCCUCAAACUGGUGACGUACGGGCUGGUGCUGCACCCUGGCGCCUUCCUGCGCUCCGCUUUCAACGUGCUGGACAUGCUCGUCGUCUGCGUCUCCCUCAUCUCUAUGAGCUUUAAGUCUGGCAGUAUAUCUGUAGUGAAAAUUUUGCGAGUGUUCAGGGUGCUGAGGCCUCUUAGGGCCAUCAACAGGGCCAAGGGCCUUAAGCACGUUGUUCAGUGCGUGAUCGUUGCCAUCAAAACGAUCGGCAACAUUUUAUUGGUAACGUCAUUACUACAGUUCAUGUUUGCUGUCAUGGGAGUUCAAAUGUUCAAGUACGUGGUGAAAUGUGUGAUAGUAGCCAUUAAGACUAUAGGAAAUAUUAUGCUAGUUACUUAUUUAUUACAAUUCAUGUUCGCUGUCGUCGGUGUACAGUUAUUUAAGGGGAAAUUUUUUAGAUGUAAUGAUAUUUCUAAGAUGACUAAAGAGGAGUGUCAGGGGACGUAUUUAGUAUUUGAGAAUAGAAAUUAUGUUGUAAGAGAUAGAGAAUGGAGACGGAAUGACUUUCAUUUCGACAAUGUAAUGAAGGGUAUGCUUACAUUGUUCACCGUUUCAACAUUUGAAGGAUGGCCAGGAUUGUUGUACGUGUCAAUAGAUUCGAAUGCGGAGGACCGUGGCCCCAUAACUAACUUCCGUCCAAUUGUUGCAGCCUAUUAUAUUAUUUAUAUUAUUAUUAUUGCCUUCUUCAUGGUCAACAUAUUCGUCGGUUUUGUCAUAGUGACAUUCCAAAACGAGGGUGAGCAGGAAUACAAAAACUGCGAACUCGACAAGAACCAAAGAAACUGCAUAGAAUUCGCUUUGAAAGCCAAACCCAUUAGAAGGUACAUCCCGAAGCAUCGCAUUCAGUACAAGGUGUGGUGGUUUGUGACGUCACAGCCAUUUGAAUACGCCAUCUUUGUGCUCAUCAUGAUUAACACCAUCACCCUCGCAAUGAAGUACCACAACCAGUCAGCAGAGUACAGCAAGGCUUUGGAUCUUCUCAAUAUGUUGUUCACAGCUGUCUUCGCGCUAGAAUUUAUAUUCAAACUGGCUGCCUUCAGGUUUAAGAAUUACUUUGGCGACGCGUGGAACACAUUCGACUUUAUCAUUGUCCUCGGCAGUAUCAUUGACAUCGUUGUAUCACAAGUAAAUGAACUCAAGAACCAGGGUAGUGGAUUGCCAAGAGCACAUGUUGUUAAGGAGUCUUCGAUACCAUCAAUAAACUUCUUCCGGCUCUUCCGUGUGAUGAGACUAGUCAAGUUAUUGUCAAGAGGUGAAGGCAUACGCACGCUGCUGUGGACAUUUAUCAAGUCUUUUCAAGCACUGCCAUACGUCGCUCUGUUGAUACUUAUGUUGUUUUUCAUUUACGCCGUUGUUGGAAUGCAGGUAUUCGGCAAGAUAGCGAUAGAUGACGACACUCCCAUCACUCGCAACAAUCAUUUCCAAACGUUCCCGCAGGCCAUCCUAGUAUUAUUUCGUUCUGCGACCGGCGAGGCAUGGCAGGACAUAAUGAUGGGCGUGUCCCCGGAACCCGAGGUGAAGUGCGACAAGAACUACGAGGACGAGGGUGAGGAGGGCGGGGGGACGUGCGGCUCUGUGCUCGCCUUCCCAUACUUUAUAUCAUUCUAUGUGCUUUGCUCAUUUCUGAUCAUUAAUCUGUUCGUUGCCGUUAUUAUGGAUAAUUUCGACUAUUUAACUAGAGACUGGUCAAUAUUGGGACCACACCACUUAGAUGAAUUUAUAAGGUUAUGGAGUGAAUACGACCCUGACGCUAAGGGUCGGAUUAAACAUUUAGAUGUAGUUACUUUGUUAAGAAAAAUUAGUCCACCGUUAGGUUUCGGCAAGCUAUGCCCGCAUCGUGUUGCGUGCAAACGUCUCGUCAGUAUGAACAUGCCACUAAACUCGGAUGGCACUGUGCUCUUCAAUGCCACCCUUUUUGCCGUCGUCCGGACAUCACUCAAGAUAAAAACUGAUGGUAAUAUCGAUGAUUGCAACACUGAGCUUAGGGCGGUGAUCAAGAAGAUAUGGAAGCGAACAUCUCCAAAGCUGUUGGACCAAGUUGUGCCUCCACCCGGAGAUCCAAACGAAAUUACAGUCGGCAAGUUCUACGCCACAUUCCUUAUACAGGAUUAUUUCAGAAGGAAUCACGCGUUCAAAAAGCGAAAGGAGCAAGAGAUGCGUCAGAGUGACGAGCAGAAUCACCAGAUGACGCUGCAAGCGGGACUGCGCACGCUGCACGAAGCUGGACCGGAGCUCAAGCGCGCCAUCUCCGGAAACUUGGAUGACAUCACAGCAGAUACAGAUGUGCCUAUGCAUAGAAGAAAUCAUUCUUUAUUCGGUGGAGUGUGGUCAAGUAUACGAAGACAUGGACCAAAUAAACAUUUCAAUCGACAUCGGAAACCAGGAGAGGGAACAACAGAAGCCGUUGGUAAUCAUCUAAGUUCAAUGAUGCAGAAGGAAUAUGGAGUAGGACCGUUGCCUCUUGCACCAAAUUUAGCUAACGGACAACCAAAAGAACAGAUACCACUGAGACCGCUAAUAUUAAAUGGGGAAUCAGAAAAAAUAUACCAGGUGCUUGAAAGAACAACAAACGAUCUAAAGAACGCUAUUUAUAAAGGGGGAGAUAACUGCGUGCGCGGCGUGGUGUCCCUGCCCGGCAGCCCGCGCGGGAACAGCGCCUCCGUGCCCGUUGUGGGGUCUGCAGAAAGCCUCGUCACCAGGGUACUAGCAGAGCAAGGCCUGGCCGCGUACUGCGACCCGGAGUUCGUUAGGAAUACAUCGAGAGAGAUGCAAGAGGCACUAGAAAUGACACAGGAGCAAAUGGACAGAGCCGCGCAUCAAUUGAUGAUACAAGAAAGAAAUUUAAAGCAAGCGCACAAUCAACAAGCACAAGUUGGCGACAUCAUAGCUCGCCAGUACCACCCCUUCCAUCAGCCGGCUGCGAUGCCGCCCGCCUUCAAGCGGUUAUAGCACCUGCCGCGCAAAGCACCGGCGAGUGCGCAGCGCGCUGUGACGUCACACAAGAUGGCGGCGACCACACAUACGUCAAAUGUAACGGACAACGAUAUAACGGUUACAACCAAGUUGCAGAUAAUAAAUGUCACUGUCAAAAGAGACGUCACAGAAAAAAACGCAAGCGCAAACCGGUGCUCGUUUAAAUUAAGUCGAUUUUUGUAUUACACCGUUGUCUGACACAUUAACGAUGCUCAAGUUUGUUUUUUAUUUCCUAUAUAACCUUAGCCUUUUUGGAGAAUUUAAUAAAAAAAAAGUAUUCGACCAUACGACAAGACUAGGCACAGUAAUAUUAGCAAUGAAAACUGUGCGUUCCACAGUUAAAAGUGAGAUUUGUAAAGCUGUAGAAUCGUAGUUAUAAUAGUAUAUUGUGGAUGGGCCACUAAAUUAUAUAUUUAGUAAUAUGUAACAAAUACAAUUAAUGUAAACUAUAGUUUAUUAUUGAAAAUAAAUAA